AUGUUUUUGUCCGACAAAUCAACUGGAUUCCGAUUUUUAAUCGACACAGGUGCCGAAGCCUCCGUCAUUCCACCAACAACUAUCCAAGAAAAGAAUUGCACUGCCUCUAAACUCAAACUAUUUGCAGCAAAUGGAACUACUAUUUCAACUUUUGGCGAAAAACUUCUUAUCUUGGACUUAAACCUUCGAAGAGUGUUCCGGUGGCCAUUCAUAAUAGCAUCUGUAUCCCACCCCAUCAUUGGAGCCGAUUUUCUUAAAACCUUCGGUUUGCUGGUCGAUAUGAAAAAUAACUGCCUCAUCGACACGAACACUGGAAGGAAGAUUUCAGUUCAAAUGAUAGCCUCGUCUGAAGGAAAAAUCACUCCUCUUGCUGAAGACUCUCCUUACAAAGAACUUUUGAUGGAGUUUCCCGAAAUUACUCGAGUGGAAGCAAAGGCUAAAAUGAAACAUCAAGUGGAACACCGUAUUGAAAUGACUGGACCUCCGGUAUUUUCAAGGGCAAGAAGACUUCCCCUUCGACUCACUGAAGGGAAAGUACUGCGUACCAUGCCAAAUUGCAUACCAAUUUAG